AUGUCUAAGUCAGCAUCACCCAAGGAGCCUGAACAGCUGCGGAAACUCUUCAUUGGAGGGCUGAGCCCCGACACAACCGACCAGAGUCUAAGAUCACAUUUUAAGCAAUGGGGAACGCUCACCGACUGUGUGCUGAAGAGGGAUCCAAACACCAAGCAAUCCAGGGGCUUUGGGUUUGUCACCUACGCCACCGUGGGAGAGGUGGACGCCGCUAUGAAUGCGAGACCACACAAGGUGGAUGGAAAGGUUGUGGAUGCUAAGAGAGCCUUUUCUAGAGAAGAUUCCCAGAGACCAGGUGCCCUCCUAACUGUGAACAAGAUCUUCGUGGGUGGUAUUAAAGACGACACGGAAGAACAGCACCUGCGAAAUUACUUUGAGCAGUACGGGAAAAUAGAAGGGAUUGAAAUCGUGACAGACAGAGGCAGUGGGAGAAGAAGAGGGUUUGCUUUUGUCACCUUUGAUGACCAUGACGCUGUGGACAAGAUUGUUAUCCAGAAAGACCAUACUGUGAACGGCCACCAAUGUGAGGUGAGAAAAGCCCUGUCAAAGCGAGAGAUGGCUAGACGUCGAAGUGGUCCCGGAAACUUCGGUGGUGGUCGUGGAGGUGGUUUUGGCGGCAAUGACAAUUUUGGUCGAAGGGGAAACUUCAGGGAUGGUGGUAGAUUCGAUGGUAGCCGUGGGGGUGGAUAUGAUGGCAGUGGGGGUGGCUCUAAUGGAUUUGGUAAUGCUGGAAGCAAUUGGGGCAAGGGCUCCCAUCCUAAAGGCGGUGGACAACACUUUGCUAAACCAAGAAAAAAAAGUGGCUGUGGAGGUUCCAGAAUCAACAGUAGCUACGGCAGUGGCAGGAGGUUCCAAUUCCAGCCAGGGAACAAGGCUUAG